AACGUUUCAUGCUGUGUCCGGCAUGACUGCUGAUCGGACUGCCCUGUCCCCAAAUACUGUCGAAAUUGUUGCUCGAGAUCAAUCGCAACAUAAUCACCAUGUCAGUAAAGCCUCAAGUUGACUAUACGUUAUAUCUCGUCACAGAACGCUCUCUGCUACCCAACGGUCAUGAAUUUUUAACUCAUUUAGAAUCGUGCCUCAAAGGAGGGGUGACCUUAGUGCAACUUCGAGAAAAGAAUCUCGAUACUAGACCGUUUAUCGACCUUGCCCGGAAAACAAAAGAGAUAACUCAAAGGUACAAUGUCCCUCUCAUUAUCAACGACCGUGUCGAUGUUGCUCUUGCAGUCGAUGCUGAGGGAGUCCAUGUUGGCCAAGAUGAUAUGACAUUGGCUCAGGUCAGGAAUUUCAUUGGCCCUAAUAAAAUUAUCGGUGUCUCAGUGAACAAUGUGAAGGAGGCCCAAGAUGCCAUCAGCGGAGGUGCAGAUUAUCUCGGGAUUGGUGCAGUCUGGUUCACAAGUACAAAAAAGCUGUCCAAGAAACCACUUGGAGUCGAUGGUGUUCAAGCUAUUCUUCAAGCAAUGGGUGAUGCCAAUGUCCAGACAGUUGCGAUUGGUGGGAUAAAUCAGCAAAACACACCACAACUUAUGGCCAAAACAAGUGUUGACGGCAGACAUUUGGAUGGUAUUGCUGUAGUUUCGGCGAUAAUGUCGUCAACUGAACCGGAGCAGACGUGUAAGGAUUUUGCUGGCGUUGUUCGUCAUUAUGUUAACAAAUGCGCAAAGUCUGGCACACCCAUCCAGGAACAACGAGAUACGAAGGAAAUGAUCGAAAAUAUCAUUAAACUUGUACCUACUAUCCGACAGAAAGGUCCUUUGGUGCAUCAUAUCACUAAUAACGUGGUCAUCAACGAUAAUGCUAACGCCACAUUGGCACUCGGGGCUUCACCUAUCAUGGCAACCCACCCCGAAGAUGUAAAAGAUCUUGCCGCCGUAAACGGCGCCAUGGUCCUCAACAUGGGCACCGUGGAUGAGACCAUCACUAACGCCAUGGUUCUUGCUGCACAAGAGAAUGUCACUCAUGGAAACCCAGUCAUUUUCGAUCCAGUUGGUGCGGUUGCAACGAACCUCCGCAAGAAGGUCUCGGCCAGAUUUUUACAGGAAUGUGAGUUCACGGUCAUCAAAGGCAAUGCAGGUGAAAUUCUUGGCUUGGCUGGAAAAGGAGGAAAAUCCCGAGGUGUUGAUUCCGUAGGAACAGAUGACGAGUCUAUUGCUGCGCAGGCUGUAAGGGAACUGGCCAAGAAGCAUAAAUGCGUAGUCGGAAUGACGGGUGUCAUCGAUUACAUAUCAGAUGGUCAGCGAGUGAUAGCCCUCGAGAACGGUCACGAACUCAUGGCCAGUAUAACUGGAAGCGGCUGUAUGGCAACGACAGUUGUAGGAUGCUUCGCAGCAAGUAAGUUAUUUCGAAAACUCGGACAUUCUAUUGGCAACCAUUGCGGCGUAUGGAACGUUCUAAUUUCUGAUUUUUGCCACAAUAUUGAUACGGUGUUUACUGAUCACGCUUUCAUAACGACUCUCAAUAUUGCGUCUGAGCUGGCGGCGAAAAGAGAAGAUGUCCAAGGGCCCGGUACAUUUAGAUCGGCUCUAAUUGAUGAACUCUACAAAUUGAGUAAAGCUCCUGAGACUAUUCGCAGCGCAGCUAGAAUGCGAUGGCUUGACUUGGUGUGA